AUGUAUAAGACACUGUUCGUGCCACAGAAUGGAAUCCGGCAUUGUUCCUAUACAGCUUCACGGAAACAUCUCUAUAUUGAUAAAAACAUGAAGGUUAUCUGCCAGGGUUUCACUGGUAAGCAGGGCACCUUUCAUAGCCAGCAGGCUUUGGACUAUGGCACCAAACUCGUUGGAGGAACCACUCCAGGGAAAGGAGGACAGACGCACCUGGGCUUACCAGUCUUCAAUACUGUGAAGGAGGCCAAAGAACAGACAGGAGCAACAGCUUCUGUCAUUUAUGUUCCUCCAGCUUUUGCUGCCGCCGCCAUUAAUGAAGCUUUUGAGGCAGAAAUGCCACUGGUUGUGUGUAUUACUGAAGGUAUCCCACAGCAGGAUAUGGUACGUGUCAAGCACAGACUGCUGCGCCAGGGAACAACAAGGCUAAUUGGGCCAAACUGCCCUGGAGUCAUCAAUCCUGGAGAAUGCAAAAUUGGCAUAAUGCCUGGCCAUAUUCAUAAGAAAGGAAGAGUUGGUAUUGUGUCCAGAUCUGGCACCCUAACUUAUGAAGCGGUUCACCAAACAACACAAGUUGGAUUGGGGCAGUCUUUGUGCAUUGGUAUUGGAGGUGAUCCGUUUAAUGGAACAGAUUUUAUUGACUGCCUUGAAAUCUUUCUGAAAGACUCAUCCACAGAAGGCAUCAUAUUGAUUGGUGAAAUUGGUGGUAAUGCAGAAGAAAGUGCUGCAGACUAUUUGAAGCAACAUAAUUCAGGUCCAAAUGCCAAGCCUGUAGUGUCCUUCAUUGCUGGUUUAACUGCUCCUCCAGGCAGGAGGAUGGGUCAUGCUGGGGCGAUUAUUGCUGGAGGAAAAGGUGGAGCUAAAGAGAAGAUCUCUGCCCUGCAGAGUGCAGGAGUUGUGAUCAGCAUGUCACCUGCACAGCUGGGAACCACCAUCCACAAGGAAUUUGAAAAGAGGAAGAUGCUAUGAAAGAAAAAACAGUUUCCUAAAACUGUGGAAUGAAUCAUUAGACAUGUGAGCCAGCACUGGAUUGCUUCUGUUCAGUGAUUGACACCCUAUAUGCCUGCUGCUGGUCUUUCAGUACAAGGGGAAGCCAAAACAAGGUUGAGAAUGUCCUAUAUUGAGAUAUUUUCACUUUAUUAUAUAACAGAUGCAGCCAAUAAAUCUACUAUUUGAUUU